UCCCUACGUGAGAUCUCCAGCAUCAGUUCGGAGUUAGUUACUCCUAACUGAACCUGCUGGUUUACAUCGUGUUUUAUACGAGCAUUUUAUAUUAAGUAUUAUUUCUAGAAAUUGUUAGCGAUGCAAUGUACGAAGCUUUCAUUAGCGGUUAUCGUUUAGCUGAUGUGUCACAUGGCAAGCCCUAUUAUGUUUACUGUAUCGAGAUUUUGGAGUCAAAGACUGGCACUCGAUAUUUCAUCGAGAGAAGAUACAGCGAAUUUAGUGCAUUACAUCGUAAGUUGAAGAAGGAUAAUUCGGAUAUUGCACCGUUUCCACCAAAAAGAGUAAGAAACUCGCAACCAAAAGUAUUGGAACAACGACGAGUUGCUUUGGAAUUGUAUAUACAAAAAAUGUUAAGUCUAUUAGCAACAAAACAGCAGGUUCUCAAUUUUCUGGGCAUAGAAAGCCAAGAAGCUGCGUUCCAUCGAAGAAUACGUAAAGCAGCAGAUAGUUCAACGCAUAAUCAUCCAAAUACUUUGGGGCAUCAUCCAGUCUUGACUUUUCAUUGUGAUCCAUAUGUCCCAGCUGACUCAACUAACAGUCUUUCAGAUGUUGUAACUAAUGGUGUGUUAUUAGGUAUAUAUAAAUCUUGAUAUUAUACGAGUGAUUUGCAACGUUAAAACAAUAAAUAUAAGAUGCAUUUUUGAUAGGUUAGUAGAUAAGUAUAGAGAAAUCCAUCUAAAUGGAUAAAAGACUAGUGUACGUGAUAACAAUAUACAAAUAAGAAAAUUUCUAAAAAUAACACUUAUUUUUUGUAAAUAAUAUAUCAAAAUGAAAAGAAUGACAAAUUUAAUGUUCUUAUUUUAUACAAUCUCAUAGACAGAAUCUCAUUUAUACGAUAGCACGUUAUUUAAAACUUAAAGCAUCAUAUAUAUAUCUGAUAAAUGAGCAAGCAAAAAGACAUGUCAAUGCAAAAAGUUCAUGCAGCUCAUCAACAUUUAAAACGUAAAUGAUAAAGUUGUAUGUAAAAUUUGUUUGUAGAUACAUACUAAAAGUCGAAUUAUAUUUACAGGUUUAAUUAGUAUUGAUCAUUAAAAGAAAUUGUAUCUUUUGACUGUAUCUUCUGAUAUGGACACAUGUGUAACAUUAUGUAUAUGUAUAUGAAAUGUCUUAAAGAAAAUAAAAUUAAAUGAUACUAAA